AUCUCCCUCACCAUCAUCGACCCUCUCCUUACUCCGAUUUCUUUCUCUCUCCCUCUCCCUCUCUGUCUCUCUCUUAAUCUUCACAAUAAUGGGCUGCAGAGAAUCAAAGCUGGAUGUAGUCACCGGCAAUACCAUCUCCCAGAGCAAGAAAUCCAAUGCCGAUCCCAAGCGCAUUGCCCCACCGGAAACCCGACCCGAUGAUAAGAGUGGUGGUUUGGAGGAGGCGGCAGCAGAGGGUGAUGAUGCUGUGAUGGUGAAUGGAAAGGAGGGAGAGACCAGAGAAUUGGAUAGGGAAAGGGAGGGUAACGAGGGGGAGGAGAAGGAGAAGGAGAUGGAGAGAUCCAUAUCUAGAGAGUCACCAAAUCAUUAUUUCUCGUCCAGAAAGGACAAUGAAUCCAUCGAUGCCAUUGCUAUUGAAGAAAGGUCCGAGUAUUCAUCGCCACCCAAUGAAGCUGCAGGUAAGGAGAUUAAUGUGUUCAGCAAGGAGACAACAGAGGAUAGUGUUGAGGAAAUGAAAGCCGAAACAGAGAAAAUUAAUGAAGAAGAACCCAGAGACGUGAAAGAAGAGAAUUUUAUCAAAGAAUCAGAAUUGGUGACACCCCAAACAAAGGUUUUGAGCAUUGAAUAGAAAACUGCUAACGCUCGUGAGGAAAAUUUUACUGAUUCGUCCAAGGAAGAUCAGAAUGCGAAACGGGGAUAGACAUUGAUCACAUUAAGUUACUCUCUGGAUUUUACUUGCUGUUUAUUCAGUAUAUCAAUCAUUUUUUUUUUCAGAUCAAUCAUGUAGCCAUUGCAAACACAUUGUUGAUUUAUUCUUAAACUUUCUGGUUUAAUAAGAAAUAGAAU